CUGAAGCGUUCAGCAUGGCUGGCCCCGGCGCCGCACCGCUGGAACUCUGGCCUGCCCAUGAACAUCGGGGUGCUCUUCGUGCCCCAGCAGGAGGCUUGGGUGGUGGAGAGGAUGGGCAAGUUCCACCGAAUCCUCGAGCCUGGUUUGAACUUCCUCAUCCCUCUGCUGGAUCGGAUUCGUUACGUGCAGAGCCUCAAAGAAAUCGUGAUUAAUGUCCCAGAGCAAUCAGCUGUCACCCUAGAUAACGUCACCCUGCAGAUCGAUGGUGUGCUCUACCUGCGGGUUAUAGACCCCUACAAGGCCAGCUACGGAGUGGAAGAUCCUGAGUAUGCAGUGACCCAGCUGGCCCAGACAACCAUGAGAUCCGAACUUGGCAAACUCUCCCUUGACAGAGUCUUCCGGGAACGGGAGUCCCUCAAUGCCAACAUUGUGGAUGCCAUCAACCAGGCCUCGGACUGCUGGGGCAUCCGCUGCCUGCGCUACGAGAUCAAGGACAUCCACGUGCCCCCACGUGUGAAGGAAUCAAUGCAGAUGCAGGUGGAGGCAGAGCGACGGAAGCGGGCGACAGUGCUGGAGUCGGAGGGGACACGGGAAUCGGCCAUCAACGUGGCUGAGGGGCAGAAGCAGGCCCAGAUCCUGGCAUCAGAAGCUGAGAAGGCUCAACAAAUCAACAAAGCUGCAGGAGAAGCCAGUGCCAUGCUGGUGAAGGCCAGGGCCAAGGCAGAGGCCAUUCAGCUCCUGGCAGCUGCUCUGGCACAGCAGCACGGCAGCGCUGCCGCCUCCCUCUCGGUGGCAGAGCAGUAUGUGAAUGCCUUUUCCAAGCUGGGCAAAGACUCCAACAACAAAGAGGCCAACACCCUCCUGCUGCCCGCCAACACCGGCGACAUCACCAAUAUGGUCGCUCAGGCCCUGGGGAUCUACUCUGCACUGACCAAGCCACAAGCUGUGAAGAGCCAGGAUGAGAUGCCCCCAACCCACGAAGACCCCCAGCCUCCCCCUGCAGAGGAGCUGAAGGCAGAGCAGGCCAGCUCCAGCUAG